AUGAUGGACCACAUCCCACAACCUGAGGAUGACUACAGCAAUGACCUGAUGCUGCUCCGCCUCAGCAAGCCUGCUGACAUCACAGAUGUUGUGAAGCCCAUCGACCUGCCCACUGAGGAGCCCAAGCUGGGGAGCACAUGCCUUGCCUCAGGCUGGGGCAGCACUACUCCCUUCAAGUUUCAAUACCCAGAUGAUCUCCAAUGUGUGAACCUCAAGCUCCUGUCCAACGAGGACUGUGCCAAAACCCACACAGAGAAGGUGACAGAUACCAUGCUGUGUGCAGGAGACAUGGAUGGAGGCAAAGAAACUUGUGCACAUGUAUCUGGAGGCCCACUGAUCUGUGAUGGUGUUCUUCAAGGUAUCACGUCAUGGGGCCCUGUCCCAUGCGGUGAACCUAAUGUGCCAGGGAUCUACACCAAACUUAUUAAGUUCACCUCCUGGAUAAGAGACACUAUGGCGAAAAACCCCUGA